ACGUGUUGUCGUUGCUAAGGAAGUAUGGCACGCUUGUUCACUCUAAUAAGAAUCCCUCACACUUCCAGCUUUGUCCAAAUAGCCUCCCACUUCACUUUGAUCGUGGUGAUAUUCUCUUGCGGCCGUAGAUUAGAAAAUUAGUAUGACGAGGCUAAAGGAAUUAUGCUAAACAAUCUGAAGUGAGACUAGAAUUUACACCUGUAAAAUAACACAUUAUUUUCUGGAUUCUUAGUCUUACGCUAGCUAACCUGUCGCUGGUCAUCAUUUGGACAGCAUGCGCUCCCACAAACAUCACAGCAAAGACGAUGGACCGUGCUUCAUGCCCACGGUUAACAGUUAUAAAUUGCACCUUGCUGCUGUAAAAUCUCUGAUACCUGAUAGAGAUCCUCAAAAAACGUUUGACCUUCAAGUAUGCCAUGAACUGACCAGAAAUAUUCACAUGGAGUCACUGAGGACAACCCCACCAAGAUUAGACCUUCGCCAUCUUGUCCAUGGUGGCAAGAGGCCUCUGCAUACCCCUGCGCUGGCAUUUGUCAAUGAGCAGAGGGGCCCUGAGCGUCAUCUGCCCGGCCCUCGAGCCGUGGCCCCCAGUCACUCUAUGUGGGACCAGAAGUGCCAGUCCAUCAGAACUAAGCCCCGGCGUCACACUCACAGCGCAGGGGCCUCACACUCACACAACCCCGUUUCACACCAUCAGGCUUCAGGAGAGACGACCACUACCGCAGUGUUGGACAGCUCUCUGGCUGGCUUCCCUAUUGCCUUCCGAUCCCGCGAUGACUGUGCCUCCAGCCCAGAGCGUCUGGAUUUGGACAGUCGUGGACUGGUAGAGUGCCCCCUAAUGGUGGGUCUGGAGAAACUGCGUCUGCUGAACCUCCAGCACAACCUGCUGACACGUGUGCACAGCUUGGAGUCACUGAGACGCCUGGUCUUCCUGGACUUGUAUGACAACCGUAUCUCCGACCUCGCCGGCAUCGCUUGUCUCGCCUCGCUUAGAGUGCUUAUGCUGGGAAAAAACAGGAUUCAGAGAAUAUGCCACCUGGAUAACCUCACCAAACUUGAUGUCCUGGACAUGCACAAUAAUCAGAUCUCCCAGAUGGAGAACCUGUCACAACUGUCAGAGCUGCGGGUUCUAAACCUGGCGGGGAACCGCAUCUCCGGGGUGGAGGGACUGCAGGGGAUGGAUUCACUGAUGGAGCUCAACCUGAGACGAAACUCCAUCUCCUCUGUGACGGAGGUGGACCGGCUUCCCUGCCUGCAGCGCCUCUUCCUUAGCUACAACAGCAUCAGCAGUUUUGAUGAGCUGGCCUGCCUGCGAGAGUCACCCUCCCUGUGUGAACUCACCCUUGAUGGGAACGCUGUAGCGGAGGAGACAUGGUACAGGCAAGCUGCCCUGCGCUGCAUGCCUCACCUGCGACUCCUGGACAUGAAGCGCAUUACGGAGGAGGACAGACGGAUGGCUGGUGUUUUGGCCCGAAGGGAAGAUGAGAAAAAGAGAGACAAUCACAAGCAGGUCAUCAACAAGGAGAAACGGCGGCUGGCCAUUCGUAAUGCCGCACAGCAGUGGGAGGGGCUAAAGUCCUGUCUGGACCUGCCCACUCAGAACGGACCAAAGGAGGAAGUGAGCCCUGAGAAUAGUCCCACCCACAGCUCCGCCCAGACCAAUGGGAUCGCUCAGGAUCCCUCUCCAGAUGAGUUCAGGCGAGUGAGCCCUAUCUUGCCUCUGGAUCGUCCAGCAGUGAUCACUGAGAACCGGCUACGCUCCGUUAAUCGCCCCAACAGCCCACGAGACCCAAGGUUACUGGAUGCGGGCGGCAACAUUGUGCAGAGUCUCUCCCUGUCUGAGAGCCACCUGGCGGAGCUGGAUGGGGACACGCUACGUCUGUUCGGCGCCGGCGCUCUGGAGGCCCUGGAGCGCGGCUGGGGCGUGCAGACGGCCAGCGCCGUCACCACCAUCGCCUUCCGCUACAUCAGCUUCGACGCCAUCAUCCCAAUGCUGCCGCGCAUCCGCGUCAAGUUCCCCAACCUGGCGCACCUUAUCUUCCUGGAGGCCAACAUUAGCCGUCUGCCCCAGCUGGCUGCCCUGGCACAGGUGCGUCGCCUGGACCAGAUCACCAUCCACCCCGAGGGCAACCCAGUGGUGGCCCUGAGCCUCUGGAGGUCCUUCCUGCUGUACCGCCUGCACCACCUCAACCUGCAGAGGCUCAACGGCGUGGAGGUGACCAUUAAUGAUGUCAUCGCUGCGGAGCGUUUGUUUGGAACGCUGGGUCACAUCGCUGCCACGGAAACACCACACUGCCGACUGCUGCUGUUGCUGGAGGAGAGCAGGAAGCGCCAACUGCAGUUCCUGCUGGAGGGCCGUGGGCGGCGAGUGGGUCAGAGCCCUGAGGAGCUGAAAGAAAACGGACGCCUGCUGGGGGAGGGGCUUAGCCGAGCCCUCUUCAACUACCCCAACAGAGACACUGGCAGCGACGGACCAGAGGAGAGCACCGCGGAGGCGCUGGCCCAGACGUACGUGCAGGGCCUGGUUCAGCGCACGACCGACACCAGUGUGAAGCGGGAGGCCCUGCACAAGCUGUGGCCCUCCAUGUUUGUUGAGCUGGUGAGGGACUGUGUGCUGGAGACGCGGGGCCGCUCCGGGGCCCAGCCCCACCAGGCCUACCCACAGGCCUGCCUCAGCAGACUCACGCACCUCAGCAAGUGAUGGAGGGGGAGAGAGGAGGAGGAGGAGGAGCAGAAGAAGCAGGAGCAGGAGGAAGAGGAGAGGGAUCGAGGAUGGGUUUUUCUGGCUUCCCAUGAAAUGGAACAGCAAACAGAGCCAUGCUACAAUCCAGACAGCCUCUUAUUGCUCACGUGCAAGUGCAGACACACACACAGACACAGACACACACACAGACACACAGACACACACACACAGACACACACACACGGUACACACACACGGUACACACACACACACGGUACACACACACACAGACAGACACACACAGAAAAACACACACUCUCAUGGCUUCACCUUGAUCCCUAUCAAUCAGACUUUUGGAAGUGUCUUUGGUCCUCUUGUCACAUUACAGUAACACCACCCCUCACACACACACACACACACGCACACACACACACACACACACACGUACACAAGCACACACACAUGCGCGCACACAUACACGUACACAUACACACACAUACACAUACACAUACUCCCAUAACACACUACUCCUUGGGCUUGUCCAGGUCCCUCCUUCACCUUUUGUGGUGCGGCUGGCCUUGAGAUGUCGCUUGAUUCAUUUCCGUGAAUGUACAGAUCACACCGUUAUCAGCGCUUUACGCCUCACUUCCUGUCCAGAAGAAUUCCAGGAAGCGUGGCGGCCUUGUGGGGCAGCUCCGCUUGGAGCGAUAGCGGACCCUUCAGAAAUCCGCCACUGGACGUUCCUGAUAUUCGGAAAGCCUUGACAGACGUCCUCCCUCGAACGACCGCUCGAAUGAACUUGAGUUAUAUCCUGAGCGGUUCAAUCUGGUUCCCUCCCUCCCUCUAGAUCUCAUCCCUCGUUCGUCCCCCUCAGACUAAAAGGGGAGGGACAGACGAGAGAGAGAGAGAGAAAAGAGACACGUUCUAAUUGCACUUCUUUAUUUUGCCUCCUUUUUCUUGGACUUUUCUGUAUUUCACUUGAUAUUAAAAGAUGAAGAUAAUGAUGAA